UAGGUCGUUCAUUACAUACAGCACCGAAACUGCUCCGAUUGACAUUCCACGACAAGUGUUAUAUGCAUAUCGGUAUUACAUUCCACAUAUUUACAAACGACAUCUACAAGAUAUAUUGAUAAUUUGAUAUAAUAUUACACGAAUAUUUCAACAGUAACGAUUCGAAGGGAAGCUGUGAACCAAUAGAAACUCUUCAACGAAACUGUAAGUAUAACCAAUGUAAAAUUACUAGGACAUAAUAAUUUGCAUCAGAACAAUCCAGAAAUACACAUUCUUAGAAAUUUGACGAACGAGUUACGAUGUCAUGCUGAAGAGAGUGAUUGACGGUUCGGAUCGUGAAUGGGCUUCCCCCAGUGUGUUAACAAGACUGAGACUAUUGCGAUGAUCGGUGCGGCGGGAUAUAGCCCCCCUCCCGUCGGCUGAGUGUGUGUUACUGUAGUGUGUCUGGCCGUGUAGAGAGUCACGCGGUGUGUUAGGGGGAGGAGACAGUAACUGGCAUGCUACCAAACACAAAAAAGUCAGGAGUCGACCGCUGUCCAAACUAACUUGUCGACUCGCACUGCUUACAUCAACUGUGUUACUAGUAAAAUGUUUAGUAUACGUAUCUGAUUCCGAAAAUGGAAUCCAUAAAUCAUCGCAAUGGGUUAGAGCAAAGGAUUUAUUUCAAGGAAUUAUUUGCUGAAUUAGAUUUGAUUAUGUCAUUCCGUGGAUUUCAGUAUUGGAGAAGUUGUAACUAUUCCAAGGAUAUGAUUAUGAUGACUUUAUCUUCAUCUAUGUAGCGUUUUUACCACGUCAAAAAUAAUGUACCAUGAAUUUGUGGAUUCUAGUAACUUUUCAUCUGAUGGUAUGUAAAUUCUCUGUCAGGAUUGUCACAGCGGAGGUCCGACUCAAACGGACGGUGGUGGGGCACUACCCCAUGUGUCCCCGCGGGUGUACCAGUUGUUCACGGUUUAACGGCUGUGUGACGUGCCGACCCCGCCUGUUCCUGUUUCUGGAGCGGAGCGGCAUGAGACAGCGAGGUGUGUGUACCCACAGUUGUCCGUCAGACUACUACGGGGUCCGGCGGCAGGACUACAGUGUCUGCUACUACUGCCAGAUUCCGAACUGCCAGACGUGCUUCAGUAGGAACUACUGUACCCAAUGUCGGCCUCCGUACAUAUCCUACAGGGGGCGCUGUAUCGAACGAUGUCCAGACGGACUACAUUAUGCAAACUAUUCCAAAGACUGUCGUAUGAUAGUCGACUGUAUGGUGGGACCAUGGGAUCCGUGGGGAGCUUGCACGCGGAAUGGUCAGACGUGCGGAUACAAUUACGGAAUAGCCACGCGCACCCGAGAAGUACUGGAAAAUCCGUCUCCGAACGGAAUCAGCUGUCCUGCCCUGGCAGAAAACACAUGCUGCCAAAUGACCAUGCGACAUUGCGCAGAUCUGUUACACAAUAACUCAGAUCUUACUCUUGAGAAAAGGAAAAAGCCAUUUGGAAAGCGAAAAAGACGACGGAGACGAAAAAAGAAACGAAAGUACAGAAAAAGAAAAAGGGGAAAGAAACGAAGACGCGGAAGAAAGAACAAACAUCGAAAUAGAAAGAGAUUACAAAGAAAACGAAAACAAAGAUUACAAAAAGAGGCUUGGGAGGUGUUUUGUCGCCGCGGCCGAGUGUAUAAUGAUAUUGAUAUUCUCUCUAACGGAUAGUGGUGAGGGCAUACAUGUAAAACAUUUCCUUUGUGCUAUAAGGUCCAUGGUGGAUCGUCCCCUUAAGAACCUAUUAUUAUAUGUUAUACAGGUUCAGAUGAACGUACUGUGAAUACAGACCCAGUAACGGAUCAAGGUACUUCUCUUAGUGAUUGUGAGAGCGAGAAUGACUAGUGUUGCUGCC